UUAAUUACCCCUACAGUGAGAUUUUUGACAAUAAUUAUCCAAAUGGCCUAAUACACCUCAAAUUACAAAACGCCCUACUCGCGACUAUUUGCUUACUUACUGAACUUAUUAAAUAAAUUUUUAGAAACUUUCACUUUAUAAAAAUGAAUUCUAUUUUUAUAAAAUUUUUCCUAAUAGCUUUAAUAUUAUCAUUUGCUUAUGCGGCUGAAAAAGGCCCAGUAAAUGAAGCAAAAAAAGAUGAAAAAGCAGAAAUAACGGCACAGUCAAAAACAAUAGAAGGGGCUGUAAAACCUGAAGCAAACCCUAAUCUAAUAUUUCAAUCUAAAAAUAAAGAAAAAUCUGAUGUUGCUCCUCCGUUUAUUGUCAAAUCAGGAGAUGGAAAAGAUGAACGGCAAAAACGCUGGGGCUAUGGAUAUGGUGGAUGGGGUGGCUAUGGAGGUUGGGGCGGUUUUGGAGGAGGAUGGGGAUGGGGUGGAGGUUAUGGUGGAGGAUGGGGAUGUUGUGGAGGAUAUGGUUAUGGUGGUUGGGGAUGGGGACGAAAAUAA